CACAACACUCAGGGUCCAGCAUUCACAAAUUUGGACGCUGCCACAAUCUGGAAACCAUUCGAAAUAUACAACCAACUUCCUUCGUUAUAAUGAAGCUCAGCAUCGCCCUCGUUACUGCCUUGAUCGGCGCCGUCACAGCCUUCCCCGCGGACCCCCUGCCCGACGUUUCUAUCGCUGAUCGCUCAGUAGACCUCUUAACCAAGAGAGACUGCGCGAGCGGGUUUCUCUGCAAGGACGCUGGUGCAAAAUUGUGCAAAUGCAAUCAAGGCAUGCAUUGUACAUGCACGUUUAUUCCAGGCGGCUCACCAGGGGGGACUCUAGGAUAUUAUGCGUGGCUUUGCUGGGACUGCCCCAAACCUGCCAAUGGAGGACUCCAGUGCAUUAAUGGAGCGUGCAACAGGGGUUAGACGUAUGAGGUUUUGAGCGGUCAGCGCUCGAGAUCACAG